AUGCGAAAGCCAUUCCCUAAAACGCUGCAAAACUACCUCUCAAAACUCACAAGCCCUAUCAAACCGAAGAUCACCUCCGUAAAGGAGAAGGAAGACGACGGCGACGAAAUCCUAUUCGAGAAUUUCAUAUCGCUCUACCGAGAGGAGUACGAAGAAGGAAGCUCACUUCCGCUGCUACAGAACAAUCUCAGCGGAUCGGGGCAGAUUUGCGACCAAUCCGGCUCGCAAAUUAAAACUGACGACAUGGUCUCCGCCUCCCCUACGUCGACGUCGGAGGGAGGUGACUUGGCGCCGGAGGAUUUGAUCAUGCUGCUGAUCGACUCGCCGGAUCCGUACGAUGUGUUGCGGCAGUCGAUUCUGGAGAUGGUGGAGGCGAGGAUCGAGCUUAAUCGGAGUGUGGAUUGGAAGUUUCUAGAAGAGCUGAUGUUUUGUUAUUUCGAUAUGAACGAUAAGGAAUCUCAUAGGCGUAUUCUGCAAGCUUUCGUGGAUGUCAUCGUGUUUUUGAAACAGAACUCGGCGAUUCUCCGGCUAGUCUGCCUCCGCUGA